CAGCCAUUCAUAAAACAGCGCAGGCAGAGUUCGGACUCGAAGGGCUGGAGGUGGAAUACCUGAGAGUCUAUGAACGACAUUCACUGGUGUAGGUCUCAAUGUACCAGUUAUCACGCGGCAAGCUUCGUUUAGUACUGGGUCUGUUUUGCUGGCAUGUGAGGAUCGAGACCACACUGGAGUACAGUAUUCUGCUGCAGAAAAGCGCAGAGCCAGGGCAGCUGUCCUUAAGGUCUUAGGGUCUGUGCCCCAUCUUGUUCCAGCCAGUUUUUUCACAAGAUUAAGGCGUGAAGACACCUUUUUCCGAAGCCUCUCUACAUGUGAUCUGAAUGAGAGCGUUCUGUCAAGGGUUACAACCAGGAUGAAUUUCUGCACAGAGAGUUUGGAUCCCAAGAUUUCCUCAAACAAACCAGGUGCAGAUGGCAGGGAAGUCAGUAACUUGAUAAGUGAGGAUCCAUCAGCUAGAAAAAAGGGGUUCAUGGGAGAAUACUUCAUUCGGCCUCCCAUUGACGUGUCCCUGGUUUUCCCUGUACCUGUUCACAUCAGCCAUAUCAUUAUAAAUUCCCGGUUGGAUCACAUGAACAGUAAUGGGUUUUCUAUUUUUACAAGGCUGGAAGAUACCUCUCCAGUUCAGACCAAAAUAUCAGAUAAAGCAAAUUCUUUAGGUGAUUCUUCUGAAAUAAGUGGAAAUAGCAAGCAGUUAGCUGAAACAUUGCCCAGUUCCCCUUUGUCAGAUGCAUUUCUUCAAAAGGAGUUUUAUUCCUGUGCUGGAGAGCCCCAUUUAGAAGCAUCUAAGAAUAGCUUUUCAGAAAAUUUUGUCUCUUCUGAGGUAAAACAAGAUAUGAGCCCCAUUGCUCUGAAAGAAAAGUUUGAAGAUUUGUAUUUUUGUGUUGGCAAGUUCUUUACCCAGAAUGCAGAAAGAGUUGUCCUUAGAAAUCCUCAUUAUCAGCACUGGCUGCAUAUACCAAUGCCAGGUUUUGAUGUAAGGAAUCAAAUUCAAGAAUAUAAGGGAUCUCUGAAACACCCCAACAGACAAGUGUUGAAGCUUGUUAAGAGUAUGAUUAUCAGGAUAAUGUGCACAGUAGCAAAGGGCCCACCAGUCAUUCAGUCCCUUGAGGUCUGGGGUCAGCCUAGCAUCACCACAAGCAAGAGUCAAAAAAAGUUCCUUUUAGAUAAGUGGAAAUGUCGAACACGAGAGGACAAAACUGCACCAGUUUUGCCACGAUUAUAUAAUUCAGAGCCAGAGGCAACUCAUUUAGAUUCUCCUAUGGCUAAUGCUAGUACUUCUGCAACACAAGAUUCCCUGGACAUUCCUGAGGACUUUCUUGACCCUCUGACGUGUGAGGUGAUGUCGGUGCCAUUGUUGAUGCCUUCAGGGCAUUCCUUAGAUGCUCACACCCUGGAAAGGUUUAUUGCGAAUGAGGCCAUUUGGGCAAGACCUCCCUCAGAUCCAUUCACAGGCGUUCCCUUCAAGCAGGGUCAACAGCCGACACCCAAUGUUCCACUGAAGGCCCGCAUUGAUAGAUUCCUGCUUCUGAACAUGAAUCACCAAGAAGUGAAGAAGAUUGGCCGCACUGUGGGCUCAGCUGAUAGAGUGUAUAGGCAGUGGCAACACAGUCACCACAAUGACAGUACUUCCUCUUCUUUUAACACAAAGAGAAAAAAUGAAUCAUCAGAAAGUGUGAUAGACAGAAAGUUAUUUAAAAUUGACAGUGAGGGAACAAGAGAUAAACAACAGGGAUUGGACAAAGAAAGAGACAAUAUGUUGAAUAGUACAUCAGAAAAACUAAUCAAAGGUGGAGAAAAAAAAGACUCAGAAGAAAAGCUAAGUAAAGUUGUCAAUAUAAAAGAUGAAGAACGUAAAGAAACAAAUACGGUAAGAAAACCACCUACAAACCAUAGAACUAGUUAUCACAAGCAGGUGAGUAGUCCCAUUGCAGGUAGAUCUAGUGGUCAUCACAGUUUAGUGCACAUGAUAGGUGGGGUCCUUUCCAUGGCUCAGAGUAGAGGCCCCCAGAGCAAGGGUAUUCCUCGUCACAAGCCGAACGAAAAGCCCCCAAGUUUGAUCUGUGGUGAUGUAAAACCAAAAGAAUUUGAUUUGCCUGCAGUUUGUGUACAAGCUUGUUCUUGUGGAAGGAAAGAGCAGCUGUAUGCCUUACCCUGCCAGCAUGUUUUAUGUCGCCCAUGUUUGCAAGUCCUUCCUGUUGAAAUUAAGUGUUCUACAUGUAAGAAGACAUUCAAGAAAUCAGAAGUAACAAAACAUCAUUCCAAGAGCAUAUAUUCAUGAUAUUCAUUUAUGUUAGGUGAAUAUAUGACAUUUUACAUUUUUUGUUAGUUUACAGUAAGAUAAAUUUGAAACAAAUUAUUCUUGCUAUUGCUUUGAUAUGUAAAGUGUUAUGAAGUUAUUCAGAAAAGCUAUCAGUAUAAAUGAUGUCAAAAAUGUUUUGAAUAAUUUACAAACAUUAAGUAUAUAUUAAAAUAAAUUACUGCUCAGA